CAAACCCAAUAAAUUCACAAUAUUCACUCACUCAACCACUUCUUCAUUCACCAUUCAAUUCUCCCUCCUCUCCGCCGCGCCUCCAUGUGAAACCCGCCCACAUUCCUCCCAAACACCCAAAUACAUCAAUGGGCUGCUGCAUCAGCACAAAUAAACCCCCUCCACCUCAUAAAACCGGCCACAUUCCCUCCUCCGCUACCAUUCACGGCAGCGUUAGCAAAUCGCCGCCCCCGAGCCACCCAAUCGCCGAAGAGGAAACAGUCAAAGAAGUCCUCUCCGAAACCCCCAAACCCCCAAUUCCGAUUCCGAUUCCGAAUUUCCAGGGCAAGCGUGACAGCCCGUUCAUCAAAUCCGCGCCUCUCCUCAAAAACAAUGACCGCCACACCGCCGAUGAUCUGUCCGAGGCAUCCGAGAUCUGCAGCUCCCUCAGCGAGAGCGUCAGCGCCUCCACCUCCCUCACGGACAGGAGAGCCGAAUUGCGCGAGCUGCGGCAGCGGUCUCCGGCGAGGUCAAGGAACCGGCCAUUCUCCGGCGAGCUGCACAGAGAGAAAACGGUAGGGAGAUCCGAGCCCUCGCCGGGUCGGGCCCGACCCGUACCCGCAUCCGGAUACGGGAGGAGGAGAGAGAGUGGGGAGAGCUCCGGGAGAAGGUCGAGGUCGCCGGUGACGCGCGCGGAUCCGGGUCUCGGGCGGGCGCAAUCAGCGAGGAGAACGGGUAAGUCGCCGGGUCGGGUCGCGCCCGGGUCCGCGGAGAAGAUCCGGAAGUUGGAUGGAGGGAAGGAAUGGGCACCGACGAAUGGGAGCAACGAGUCGCUGGAUAACCCGCUUGUGUCCUUGGAGUGUUUCAUCUUUCUCUAGUGUAAGGGUGUAAUUUUGGAGCUACGGUAGGGGUACUUUUGGAAUUAUGUAGCCAAAAUAUGUGAUGGUGCUGUAAAUAAAAAAGUCAAAGGUAACUUGCUAAUUUUAAUGAAUUAAUCCGUGAGUUGUUGCGGAAAUGGCUUCGUCGCUUUAUUGAAUGAACUGUCUUUCCUUUUUUCGGAUCCGAAAAUAAUUCUGUAAUUGUGUCGUUAUUAAUGAGAUAUACACAUAUAGAUUCACCUUUGAUUUUGUUUUUCAUAUCAUUUCCUGCAAUAAAAUCUUUCUUUUUCGGGUUGGCCUUGUCGA